CAUGAGACAAUAUUAUUGGCAUAAUAUUAAUUAUAGGACAUUUUUUUAGAAAAACAAAGUGCAUACACAUACAUCACAUAUUUAUUUAGCAUUUAAAAAAGGAGAUGGGAACCUGCUGUUCUUGCAUAUUUUAGAUGUCUACCUGCCAUGAAUGAAACUCAAAAACCAUUUGCUUGUUGCGAAAAAGACUGUGAAAUGACUUUCACUAAUGAAGAUCAUUUAAACUGGCAUCAAAAAAAGCAUGACAUGAUACUGAAUUUGGGAGUAACUAAAAAUGAUGUUGCUGAUCAGACUCCGACCCCUACAAGAUUCAUAAGAAAUUGUGAAGAAGUUGGUUUAUUCCAAGAUCUACAGAAUGUUAAUCCAUUUGAUGAAUUUUUUAAAAAGGCUGUAGAACUGGCAAAGAAUGGCGGAACUUUGGAGGUACCUGAAACAAAUUCCGAUGAUACAUUACAUACGCCACAUAUAUUACCACAUGUAGAAGAGAAUCGAAAAAAGAACAAUGUAAACUCUAGUCAAGAUGAUAAUAACUCCCGAUCUAAUGAAUUUUCCCUUAAUACUGUAAUUCCAAUAGAAGAUGUUUGUACAAAUGAAAGUAAUGAAGAAGAAUGUGAUACACCAGUUAUCGUUAUAGAUGAUGAGAGUGAUAACGAAAAAGACAUUAAGAAGCGUAUUAAGGAAGCCCUACAGAAUAAAGAGAAACAAAGAAUGGAAAAAGAAAAUUACACAAAUGCUGGGAGUAAUAACACAAUAUCCGUUAUACCAUUUCAAAAUUUAACCGUGGCGGAAAAAGAAAAAGCUAAAACUAUAACGGACAAAAAUAAGAGUCCGACUGUUGAUGAUAAUAGAGAAAAAAUUAGGGAAAUGAACAGAGCAGCACAAAUUAGAUGUCGAAAGAGAAAACAAAUUCGGUGGAAGGAAAUGGAGGAGGAAAUAUUAAUACUAAAAGACGAAAAUAAAAGAUUACGGAUGGAAAAUUAUAACUUGCAAUGUCAACUCAUACAAAUAAAGAAAACCUCGGAUAACGGUACUGUUUCUCCAGCAGCGACAACAUUGCCAGUAUUGCCACAAAUUCUUCCUAAAUUGAAUAACACGACAAACCCAAUCGUUAUUCAGAUAUUACCAGGUGCAUCGAAUGCAGUUCCUGUCAAUGAGAAUUCAAUAUCUAACAUAAAAAUUGAAAACGUGUGCUCCAUAUCUAGCUCUAACAGUGACUCUGUGCAGAAAACGAAGAAAAAUCUGCGUAAAAUCAUUCCUAAAAUUAUCAUUGAAAAUUGAUAUUUUUAUAAGGCAGCUACUAAAAUAUAUGUGUAUUUUAACAUUUUUUAUUAGUCUUAAAAUUCUAAGUUACAAGAAAACUAGUGAGACAUGCCAAAUUUCCAGUGAACAAUUGUAUAAUAAGGAAUCAUUUUAUUCGCAAUUUCAAUAUAUUCAUGUAAAUUAAAGUUAAAUUCAUGAGACGCUACUGCAGAAUAAUUUUUAGCAGUCAUUAAAUAACUAUAGUGUCUUUCUUUUAGUAUAUACAUUUGUUUAAUAUUUUAUAAAUGUUGAGUAUUUUAUUAAACUUUUUAUUGUAGCUGUCGUAGAAGGAAAA